UCCAUCGAUCACUGCUUUGUCAUUCAUUUGUUGGAUAUGGAAGAAGUCAGUGACAGCCCAACAAAUUGGUUCUGGUCUACGUGGCCUAGGCAUAGGCUCGUUUGCGCUUGAUUGGUCAACAGUUGCUGGUUUCGUAGGAAGUCCUUUAGCCACUCCUGGAUUUGCCAUCAUGAACAUACUGGUCAGUUACAUAGUAUUUGUGUACAUAGUUAUCCCCACUGCUUACUGGACCAACUUGUUUGGAGCAAAGCGAUUUCCAAUUGUUUCUGCGCAUGUGUUCAACGAUGAAGGAGGACUCUACAAUGUCUCCUUAGUUUUGAACGAUCCAACCUUCCAUUUCAAUCGACAAGGAUAUGAUAGUUACAGCAAAGUUAAUCUAAGUAUUGUAUUUGUAUUCUCUUAUGGUUUAAGGUUUGCAGCAUUGGCUGCUACAUUAUCUCAUGUUGCACUCUUCUAUGGGAGGUAUGUCUAUAUCUUUUCCCCUCAUAUGAUCGAAUAAAUAUAUGUAUGUGAUUGUCCUUGAUCGCAAUCAAUUUGUCAUUUGAUUGGCACUGGCAGGACAAUUUGGGAACAAACGAAGGUAUCGUUCCAAGAUAAGAUAGGGGAUGUACAUACAAGGCUGAUGAAGAAAAACUACGAUGUGGUGCCUCAAUGGUGGUUUUACGCGAUCCUGAUGUUGGUUGUUGGAUUAUCCAUGCUUGCUUGUGAAGGGUAUGGCAGACAAUUACAGCUCCCUUACUGGGGAGUCCUACUGGCAAUGGCCUUGGCUUUUGUCUUCACUUUGCCUAUCGGCGUCAUUACAGCUACCACAAACCAGCAACCGGGACUAUAUGUGAUCACUGAGUUAAUUAUCGGCUUCAUGUAUCCGGGGAAACCUCUUGCCAAUCUUACCUUCGAAACUUACGGUUACAUAAGCAUGUCACAAGCAAUCAUGUUUCUCUCAGAUUUCAAGCUUGGCCAUUACAUGAAAAUCCCUCCAAAAUCCAUGUUUGUUGUUCAGUUAGUAGGAACAAUAGUUGCAUCAUCAGUCUACUUUGGCACGGCUUGGUGGCUACUGAGCACAGUGCAAAACAUAUGUGAUCCAUCAAAAUUGCCACAAGGAAGCCCGUGGACGUGCCCUGAAGACGAUGUUUUCUACAACGCGUCGGUGAUAUGGGGGGUGGUUGGUCCACUACGAAUGUUUGGAAGCCUUGGGUUAUAUCAAAAGAUAAACUAUUUCUUUCUGAUCGGAGCAAUAGCACCACUGCCGGUUUGGUUACUGUCUCGGAAGUAUCCGGAGAAAAAGUGGAUAAAAUUGAUAAACAUGCCUAUUCUUAUAGGAGGUGCAGGGGGUUUGCCACUUGUGAAGGCAGUGAACUAUAGGUGUUGGUUGGCUGUGGGUAUUGCCUUCAAUUUUGUGGUAUAUAGGAGAUACAAGGGGUGGUGGGUUAGGCACAACUAUAUUCUCUCUGCUGCCCUUGAUGCUGGGGUUGCUUUCAUGGCCAUUCUAUGCUAUUUCACUUUGCAAAUUAGGGAUAUCAAUGGAAUCAAAUGGUGGGGCAUGGCUUUAGAUGAUCAUUGCCCUCUAGCUAAAUGCCCUACUGCCCCUGGUAUUGUGGUUCAAGGCUGUCCUGUUUUCCAUUAAAAAAAUUAUUAUAAUAACAAUUUUAAAAAUUGGGUUCAUUUUGCUUUCCUGAUUAUUUUUUAUGUACUGUAUCUGUGUGAAUGCAUAACAUUAAUUCUCUUUCUUUGUAUAGAAUAUUGUAAAUUUUAAAUGCAGUCACCAAAAAUUGUAUACCUAUACUUCUCUAAAAGAGAAAAUGGUACUAUAUGAAAC